AUGGGUAGACUAAUAGGUUUGGAGCUUGAGAAUUUCAAAUCGUAUAAAGGCCGAACUGUUAUCGGUCUAGGCUCGUCAAAUUUUACAUCAAUCAUUGGACCAAAUGGUUCAGGAAAGUCCAAUCUCAUGGAUGCAAUUUCCUUUGCUUUGGGCCUCAGCUCGUCUCAAUUACGAUCACAAUCAAUGCGCGACUUGAUAUACCGAGGGCGCAGAAAUAAUAAGCAUGUUUCUAGUGGUAUAAAUGAAAGUAAUAACAACAAGGACAACAACAAGGACAACGACAAGGACAACGACGGUGGUUUUGGGGUGGAAAACGAUGAUACUACUAACCGUCAGAUUCUUGAAGCCGACCCUACCACAGCAUAUGUUAUGGCGAUAUAUGAGAAAGAUGAUGGCGACAUAUUAAAGUUUAAAAGAUCGAUAUCGACUAAUGGCUCAACAGAUUACCGUAUCAAUGGUAAAUCGGUCACAAGACUCAGUUACACACUGACCUUGCAGCAAGAAAACAUCUUGAUCAAAGCACGCAAUUUUUUGGUUUUCCAAGGAGAUGUGGAACAAAUUGCAUCACAAUCUCCCAAACAUCUCACCACCAUGAUUGAAGAAAUCAGUGGUUCCGGUGAAUAUGUGCAAGAAUAUGAACAAUGCAAAGAGGAGUGGGAGAAAGCUAGAGAAGUUUCAAAUAACGUAUUUUCACGCAAGAGAACUUUAAACACGGAGUCAAAACAGUAUAAAGAACAAGCUAUUGAGCAACGCCAGUUUGAGUCCAAUAUAAUACUUCGAAACGACCUUAUUAAAAAAAUUCACUUGUACAAACUUUAUCAUAAUGAGAAGAAACGCAAAGAUUUGCAAAAAAAGAUGGAUGUGAAAAAUGAAGAGUUGAAGAAUGCCAAAUUGGAAAGAUCCAAACUCGAGAGUUCAUUAAAAGCAUUAGCCGCGAGUCAGUCCAAAUCAGUCUUGGAACUCAAACAUCAGAAAUCAGAAAUCGAAAGAUGCCUGGCCAGCAUUGAUUCUGGUAAACGAGACUUGAUUCCAGUUGACACGAGCAUCGACUCUUUGGUAAAUAAAAUUGAACUACUGAAACGAAAAAUUGCCGAUCUUGAAGAGGACUUGGAUUCUCAAAAAGAACGCGUGCGCAAUGCCAAACGUCAACUUGCAGAAUCCAGAAAAUUGUUUGAUGCGUUUGAAGAGUCAGCCACAAAAGCUUCUAAUGCUCAAGCGUCAAUCAACAUUACGUCUGAGGGCCGCUUAGAAUACGAGCAAUUGCGCUCCGAGUACUUGGCAUCCGGAGGGUCUUCUUUGGAGGAACAAAUUGCAAUUUACACAAGUGAAAAGGAUACCAUACAAGCCAAUCAGAAGAGCCUCGAAUCUAAAAAGGCAACAGCAAAUGAUCGUGUUUUGGAGCUACAUUCCAACCUUCGAUCGGAUUUGAAACCGCGACUAGCCGAUUUGGAGAGUGAGCUUUCCAAGAUUAUUAAUGAAAAAACGCAAAAAUCUUUACUCCGCGAUGACUUGAUAGCCAAGAAGGAUGCACACAACCAAGAUUUGCUACAAAUCAAUACUAGAUUAAGAGACACAUUACUCAAAUUAGAAGAACUGUCAUUUAAGCAACGGGAGUCCAAUAGACAAAAACAGUUGCAUGAAAAUGUGGCUACGUUAAAAAAAAUGAUGCCGGGCACUUCUGUGCGUGGUAUUGUGCAUGAAUUAUUGCGUCCUUCUCAGCAAAAAUACGACCUUGCAUUACUGACAAUCCUUGGCAAGAAUGGUGAUGCAAUAAUUGUCGAGAGCUCUGCUAUUGCUUUCAGGUGUGUUGAGAUUCUUAAAGAAAGGCGUUCGGGAGUAGCAACAUUUAUUCCUUUAGAUUCUAUUGAAAAUGAUUCCAUAAACAUCAAUUAUUUGCGAACUAUGUAUAAGGACGCCGUGCCCGGUGUCGAUGUGAUCGAAUAUGAUGAUAAGUCUUUAGAGCCAGCAAUCAAAUAUAUUGUUGGUGAUACAUUAAUUACCUCGGACAUCAGCACAGCACGAGCAUUGAGGUGGAACAACAACAACAACAACAACAACAGCAGUCAAAGCUUCCGAGGUAAGAUUGUGACAUUGCUGGGAUCAAUUAUCCACAAGUCUGGUCAGAUGACAGGUGGUGAUCAAGGACAAAAGUCGUCAGCCAGUUUGAGUUGGGACAAGCAAGAAUGGAAGCGAUUAAAUGAGCAAAAGGAUUUUUAUUUGAACCAACUCGCAAAAUUGCUGGAACUGCAACCCAAGGAGAUGGAGUUGAAUUUGUUAACAGAGGAAAUCAAUCUGCUUGAUGAUAAGAUACCGUUGCUCAAAAAUCAGAAAUCAAGUUUGGAAAGACUCAUUAAGGAUAGGGAAACCGAGGUUGAGUUUCAUGCUAAGAACCUUACCGAUAUUCAAGAAGAAAUUGAUCGCGAAUUGGAUAAGGUGAAUCACAUUGAUAUAGCCACCUCUAGAGUGAAUGAGCAGGUGCAAACUUUAAAGAAUACAGUGUUUGCUGAAUUUUGCAACAAGUAUGGGCUUUUGAAUGGUAUUAAAGAGUAUGAAGAACUCCACGGUUCACGGAUGAGGAUCCGUGCUAAAGAAAGAUUACAAUUCACAAAGGCAAUUUCAGCAUUGGAAAACAAGGAGUCCUUUGAGGAGGCAAAAUGUGAAGAAAUCGAAAAGAGGAAAUCAAUACUUCAAAAUCAAUUGGUAGACCAUGAGGCUGAUUUGAGUUCUUUACGAGAACAAAAAGCUGCCAUGGAGGAACUGCUUGAUAAAUUUGAAGCUGAAUUGCAGGUGCUUAAUGAAGAAAAACAAAGGCUUCAGUCUACUCUAAAUUCUCAAUCCAAAUCAGUCAAGUCCAUAGAAUCGGAUGUGUCUGAACUAUCAGUUGAAAUUUCAACAAUGGCUAAGCUGAGCAUUCUGAUUGAAGAGAAUAUUCUCAAGGUUGAUACAGAGCGUGCAAACACAUUGAGGAAUUGUAAAUUGCAAAAUAUAAUUUUACCUUUACUUCGAGGAACACUUGACUCACUUUCUGUUCAAUUGGAGCAACAAGAUGUCAAGUCUUUUGUUUACGAUGUCGAGGUUGAUUAUGAAAUGCUUGAUGACAAAUACAAGGCUGCUUGCAACAUCAGGUUGGAAAUGGAAUUAGAGACAUUGUUGCAAAACACCAUUGAGGUAUUGGAACAAUUGACACCAAAUAGCAAAGCGAUGGAAAGAUUCAAGGAUGUAGAAGCAAAACUUAGAUCAUAUGACACUGAGUACAGUGCUGCUCGUCAAAGCGAAAGGCGGGCGUUUGAGAAAUUCAAAAACGUCAAGGAUAAGAGGUACGAAAAGUUUAUGAGUGCUUUCAAUCACAUCUCAAGUCGCAUUGAUUCUAUCUAUAAAGAGCUUACCAAAUCACGUAUGUUUGAGAUUGGAGGAUCGGCUUAUUUAAUGCUUGAAGAUGAGGAGGAGCCUUACUUGUUUGGCAUCAAAUACCAUGCAGUGCCACCCAUGAAAAGAUUGGAAGAUAUGGAGUUACUUUCAGGAGGUGAAAAGACUAUUGCAGCAUUGGCAUUGCUUUUUGCUAUUCAUUCCUUCCAACCAGCUCCCUUUUUUGUUUUAGACGAAGUGGAUGCUGCUUUGGACAACAGUAACGUGGCGCGCAUAGGCAAUUUCAUAAAGAACCAUGCAGGCUCAGCACUCCAGUUUAUUGUGAUUUCUCUCAAGAGCAAUCUUUAUGAAAAAUCCGAUGCCUUGGUUGGUGUAUACCGAGAGCAAGGCGAAAAUACAUCGAAAACAGUAACUCUUGAUCUUGGUGAGUACCAAGACGAGGAAGUGUCGCUCAGACCCAAUCCUAUUACUGCCACUUCGUAG